GUGACAAAGUGGUUAGCUUCACGGUAUAGGUUAUGGUACUAUUUUGAAAUUUAAAGAAACGAAAAGAUGAAUAUUGUCGGCAAACAAUGGAUUAAAAUUUUUAAAACUGAUAUAACUCGUUACAAUAACUUUUGUAUUCUUGGAAAAGUUUUGACUUACAAAAGUGCUUUUUCCCUCGACAAAUUAUAUCCUACUAGUAACUUGAAAAUAUUCACGCCAACCUUUUUUCCUGAAGAUCCAAAUGCCAAAUUUACUGGCCAUAUACCUAUCAAAGAACUCGAUAUUACCUAUAGUCGUAGCAGUGGUGCUGGAGGACAACAUGUAAACCGUACAAAUAGUAAAGUAGAUGUAAGGUUUCGUUUAAAAGAUGCUACAUGGUUAUCAGAUGAAAUUAAACAGAAAUUAUUAGAGCAGCAUCAAAAUAAAUUAAGCAAAGGAGGCUAUUUAAUAGUUAAAUCAGAAAUAACAAGAUCUCAGCAAUUAAAUUUAGCUGAUGCACUUGAAAAGUUAAGAAAACUAAUAUGGGAUGCUGCUAAACCACCAAAGGAGAUUUCUCCUGAAUCUGUGGAAUAUAAAAGAAAGCUGGCACUUAAAGCAGCAAGGCAAAGGCUUUUUGAAAAAAGAAGGCUUUCUGAAAAGAGGCAAUCUAGAUUACCUCCUCGAAUUGAUUUUUAA